AAUAACACUACAAAUCUUCUGUUUUUUGUCCACUAUGUGAAAAACCAGCCCGUAACAUGUGCUCUGCUCCUCACUGGCUUCAGUCACUGCGUGACCCACAUAACUGUCUGGUCUGGACAUGGAUCCUUUUGGAAUGCUCAGCGAUACCAUGAGUUUUAUAAAUAGUAUCGAGUUUGAAAAAAAAAUGCCUCAGUCAUCAAAAUCUAAGUAAAACCUCAGGAGCAGCACAUGGGAAAGGUUGGCAGACCCAAACAACAUCACAAACACUUACUUCUCAAAGCGGGGCAACACUGUGCUCCAUAGAAAGGGCCAUUUGUGGGGGGAGAAAAACUCUGAGGACAGUGCAUUUCUGAACAUGACCAACUGAAGACAUGGCACUGGCUCUACCGUGCAGUCUGAAUGACUGGGGCAAUCCAUUGUGGGAUCAGAGGGAGCAGAGUAGAGACACCAGGAGGGUGAGUGAGACUAGUGAGAGCAGCGAGGAGGAGUGAGCACAAAGAGACCCCGAGGGACUAAGUGAGGAGACAGAGGAGGACAUGGAUCGAGAUGGACUCGUGGACUCUUAUAAUGAAGAUGCCAAUGAUGACGACGACAAUGAUGAUGAUCAUCAUGGCGAUGGGGGAGGUCUGAAUUCCGAGGGAGGUCUGAAUUCCAAGGAAGGUCGGAAUUCCGAGGGAGGUCUAUAUGAGAAGACCAGCCCAAUUGAAACACUUAAUCCUGUGGACGAGGCAAGUUGUGUGUUUGUUGAUGAGACUGUUGACGAGAUAACAAUUAUUGAUGCGAUAACUGUGUGUGAGGACAAUGGAGAGCUUGCUAUGCCUGAGGGAGAGAAGAAAGGAGAGCUUAACACAGAAGGCAGUGAUGCAGGAGAGAAUAAAGCUGAUGAUGAGGGUGAGGAAGACAAUGAAGAGGCAUGUGAUGACUGGGAAGAUGAAGUGUACGAAGAAGACGAGGAUGAUGAAGAAGAAACCACAUUGUACCACCAUUCCACUUACCCAACCGAAGUGUUUCAGAAUCUGGAGGAUUUCAGGCACUCCUCCUUGCUCAUUGACCUGACUCUGAGCACUCAGGAUGGGCAUACUGUUCAGGCCCACUCCCCAGUCGUAGCCGCCGUGAGCUCCCUAAUCCAGCAGAAGCUGAGAAUGCAGUCAGAAUGGAGCCACUCAGACAUUCACGUGUGUUUAGGCCCCGAGGUGACCCAUUUCGGUCUUGCAGCCGUGCUAGACUUUGCCUACACAGGAAGCAUGCCAACUCUUUGCAAAGACACAAUGGGAUAUAUACAGACUGCAGCUCAUGCUAUGGGGGCACAAAGAGUUUUGGACCUCUGCAAACUGAAAGAAGAGGAAGAGGAGAAGAAGAAGAGGAAGGAGGAGGAGGAAGAGAAGAAGAAGAAGAAGGAGGAGGAAGAGGAGGAAGAGGAGAAGAAUGAGGGAGAGAAUAAUAACGAGGAAGAUGAGAAGAGGGAGGAGGAAGAGGAUGAGAAGGAGGAGGGAAAGGAAAAUGAGGAGGACGAGGAGAACAAGGACAAGAAGAUAAAAGAGAAUGAAAAGGAAGGGGAGGAGGAGACAUAUAGCCUAUCUGCUUCAGAAGAGCUGGAGAUUACUUUGCAGUCCAUUAGAGAUCUGUGGGUGGAGAAAGUUGGUUGUGAUAUUGUGCUGCAGGCAGAUGGGCAACCAUUUCAUGCUCACCGAGUGGUCCUCGCUGCCAGCAGUGACUACUUCCAUGGCAUGUUCACCAGUGGUAUGAAGGAGACACGGCAGUGGGGCGUGACACUCCACUCCCUGGGCGACGAAGAGCUGGAUGCUUUCCUCCUUUGCUUCUACAGUGGAUCUCUGGUCCUCAGCUGGGGGUGGGUGUUUGAUCUCAUUUGUGCUGCCUUUCAGUUCCAAGUCAAGCCUGUACUUUCCCUUUGCCUUGACUUCCUCCAUCAGGAAAUAGAUGCACACUCCUGCCUUGAUGUGGCCUCAUUUGCCGAAGCCUAUGGAAUGUGGGACUUACUUCAGUUUGCUGAUGACUUUGUCGUCAGGCACUUUAAAGAUGUGUCCACAACCCCCAAAUUCCAGGACCUGUCCAGUUACAAGCUGCUUAGAUACAUGAAGAGUAAUGCUCUGUGUGUGCCCUCUGAGAUUGUUGUCUUGCGGGCAGUCAUGUAUUGGGCUGGUGCCAACCCUAUACAGAGAGCGGAUUUGGCCAGGGAGUUCAUUGAUGCGAUCAAGUUUCCUCUUUUGAUCUAUGAGGAACUUGAGGAAUUCAAUGAAGCAGAAGCUAUUCCCAGGUGGCCCCAACAAAGCAUGAGAAACCUGUAUCAUGCCAUGUUUGAAGAAUUCUUUUAUCAAGAGGUGGAUAAAAAACCUAAAUUCAGGGACUACUUGCCUAAGGGCAAUUUGGUACUGGUGGGAGGGGAAGGAAUCACACAUGACAUGGGCAACCGCAAACCCAGCGGAGAUCUGUGGUUCAGCAAUGCCCUCCGCAACCACACAGGCACCAUCAAAGAGGUAAAGUGGAAGUUUCUAGGAGAGAUGCCGGAGACAACAAGAUUCUGUCAUGAAGUCGCUGUUUUGGAAGACAAGCUGUAUGUGUGUGGUGGCCGUGAUUUCUAUGGCCAAAUCGACAUUUUGAAAUCCAUGUUCAGGUAUGACCCUUUUGAUAACACCUGGAAAAGACUUGCGGACAUGCAGGUGGGCAGGUGUCAAUUCUCUAUGGUGGUGUUCGACAGAAUGAUUUACGUCAUGGGAGGUGAAAGAGCAUCAAACUUCAAUGUGGACAGUGUGGAACGAUACUGCCCUAACACAGACUCCUGGAGUUUUGUCCGCCCUUUGGACCAGCCCAUGAGUAGCCAUGCUGCCUCGGUGUGGAGAGGAGAUAUCUACGUCUCGGGGGGCUACAACUGUGAGUACCAGUGUUUGGUGUCCAUGUUCCGCUACCAUCCAGAGAGAGGAACCACCUACCUGGCCGACAUGCCCCACAGUCGGGCUCAGCACCGGAUGGAGUGUGUGGGUGGUUACUUGUAUAUCAUUGGUGGAGUGUGCAGUGCCAAGAGCGGCGGCUACAUCGACGACCUGUCGUGCCAGGUCUACAGUCCGGAGUCGGACUUCUGGUGCAGUAUCCCCCCUUUGCCUUUGCCGCAUGUUGGGGCAGCCUCAGCCGUUCUGGAGGACAAGGUCUACAUCCUAGGGGGGUAUUGCCAGGCGGACUAUGGCGAGUGUAAUUUCAUUCAUCGCUAUGAUCCUGACACCGAGUGUUGGGAGUACAUGGGUGAGAUGCCGGGUCCUAUAAGUGACAUCCGUGCCUGCCGACUUCACCUACCCGACCACUUCAGGAAAUAAAGAAGACUGGAAUGUGUGUGUGUUUGUGUGUGUGAGUGUGUACAGUAUGUGUGUGUGUGUGUGUGUGUGUGUGUGUGUGUGUGUGUGUGUGUGUGUGUGUUGUGUGUGUGUGUGUGUGUGUGAGAGUGUGUACAGUAUGUGUUUGGUAUGUGUGUGGUGAUCGGAGCGUGCAAGCAAAGUGGAGAGCUAAGUCCAAAUUCUUCUGAAGUGUUCACAGACUUCUUGCCAGCUAACUCUGAUUCUCUGAACUCUGAUUAUGAGACUUUGUCACAAGAAUGCAAGCAGGUUCUUAUCUGAGGAUGGAGAAACAGGAAGUGUUAUUUCACUAGUACACACUCACAUAUAAAUGAGAAAAGUGUUUUUGUCAGCUGUCUGUUUUAGAUAAUAACUAGUCACUGUCUUACAGUAUGUCUUUACAUUCAUUGUUGAAAAAUUCAUUGUUGGGGUAGUGUCAUUAUCACAGCUUGAAACCAACUAUUUUUGACUGUCUUGAGCCAGGUUAGUUUUAGUGAUGAUGUGUUGCUCUAAUGGUAAUCCUGCUCAGUAUGAGAGGACCCACAGGUUCAGACAUUUGGUUUGUGUGCUUGGCUGAGAAGCCACUGAGGGAUUACAAUGAAGUCAGAAUCCCUCUAAGUCAGAUUCCCUCCCAGGUGUAACAAUAUUCAUGCGCCUAAGUGUUGGUUUGGAGUAGCCGGGGCCCCCGGGUCCCAGUGAGCAGAGCCGUUCAUGACUGGGUCAGGCUGCGGCUGGAAAAGUGCCGUACCUUCCCUGACACUACACUGCAUGUGCGUGCAGAACCUGCUGCUAAAUCACUAGACGACCAGAGUAUUUUUUUUUUUGUUGGAGUUACAUACAUUUGCACAAACAAAAACAACUUUUUGAGCGGCAAGCUUCUCACGUACAUUAAACUGCACUACUACACAUACAGUUUUGCAUGGGAAAUCUGUGACACUAAACUGCACGUAGAAACUUGCAUGGGGAAUUUGUGACUAAACUGCACGUAUACCCACGUCUUGAACUUAAAUUUGGUAGAUUUUACUGUUCCAUUGUAUGAGUGAAAGAACAGGAUAGGCCUUUUUCUUUUCAAUUUAAUUUUUGGUCUUUAAAUGUGUUCUGUCCGACAUGUUACUGGUAAACUGGCCUAGCAUAAGCACUUAUCGUUGGACAAAAAUUUUCUGGAUUGAUUGAUUAUUUUAAGGGGGAAAAAGAAUCAAUGUUGAUAAACCAACGUUAUCCCCAAGAAUGUGUUCAACAUUUUGUCUGUUCAACAAAGCUUUUGGACAGCACUCUCUACUUGUCUUCUUUUAAGGACGUUCCCUUGCAAAUAUUAUGUCUCCUUGAAUAUGAUGUCCAUAGGGUGUGGAUAAGAGUGACAGACUGAAUGGUUGAUUACAAUGGACUGAAUGAAAGCGUAUACUACCGCAGUAGCAGUGCUUCGCCUGAAUGAGAACAUAGUUCCAAGUAUGUGCUUAGAAAGUCGCUGUGUCUCAUUUUACAUUGGUAUUUGUAGCUUACAUGUUGUAACUAUACAAGUCACAACAUGUAAAUAGAAAAAUGUUGGUGUUCUUUUGUCACUUUUGGGAGCUAUAAGCUAGUUGAUUCUGACCACCUCAAUUAACUAAUGCUAAGCUAGGCUAAUGGUGGGUGUUUCAAAGACAAGAGGAGAUGCACAGAGACAAGAAUGGUAUAUCAUCUUAUCUAACUCUGGGGGAGACGGGAGCUAAUUUUCCAAUUUAGCGGAUAUUUUAAUGGACAAAGAGGCAAUGCACAUACCUUGAAAAUAAAAUCAGCUGUAUUGAACAAAACAUUUCCAAAAUAUUGGACAGUUAUCAUGUUUAACCCUUUACUUUGUUUUAAUUGUAUAUGCAUGUAAGAUAUUAGUUUCUGUGGAUGAACGUUUGUGGGUGUGUGCAUAUGUGCACAUAUUUGAUCAUUUUCUCAGUUCGCUUCUGUAUAUACUGUAUAUUGCUAUGUGUUGAUUGAUUGUCUUCGUCCAUAUUGGAAUAAAAUCAAAAGU